UUUUUCCGCCAGUUCAGUAGAUGACGCUAAAGCUGCUAGGUCCAAAGUCUGGGCAUAAACGCUCUUGAACGCCUUCCGUCGUUCCUUCCGGUUUCGGUCCCCUAGCAAGUGGCAAGAUGCUGAUGCCUAAGAAGAACCGUAUUGCCAUCUAUGAGCUCCUCUUCAAAGAGGGCGUCAUGGUGGCAAAGAAAGAUGUGCAUCUGCCCAAGCACCCUGAAUUGGCCGACAAGAACGUGCCCAACCUUCAUGUGAUGAAAGCAAUGCUGUCCUUGAAGUCACUUGGGUAUGUCAAGGAGCAAUUUGCCUGGCGCCAUUUCUACUGGUACCUCACCAAUGAAGGUAUCCAGUACCUGAGAGACUUCCUCCACCUUCCACCUGAGAUUGUUCCCGCCACCCUUCGCCGCCAGAUGCGUCCUGAGACCGCGAGGCCCCGGCCCAAGGGUAUGGAGGGAGAGAGGGGAGAGAGGCCUGCCCGCUUCAACCGUGAUGGGGGUGAUAGAGACAACUACAGAAGAUCUGCUGCACCGCCUGGUGGAGGAGACAAGAAAGCAGAGGCAGGUGCUGGUUCAGCCACAGAGUUCCAAUUUAGGGGUGGAUUUGGACGUGGCAGAGGACAGCAGCCUCCUCAGGAGUAAAUGUCCAUCAAUUACUUUACAAUAAACACACAACACAACUUUG